CCCCCUCCUCCCGGCGUGUUAUGACUCCUCUCUAACAGGAGACACACGGCGCUCCCCAGCCGCCGAUCCGAGGCUGUGCCCGGCCGCGUUCAUUCACAGGCCCCUCGGACCGAACCCGGCGCCUGCGGCUCUCCUUCACCCCACCCCGCGACAUGCAGGCAGUCUUGUUGCCCUCUGACAGCGAAGGCGACGACACGGGCGCCCGAGCGCUGCUGGCUCUCAAAUCGGCCCCUUGCAGCCCGAGCCGGCUAAGCGGUCAGCUCAAGGCCGGCGUCGUGCGCUGGGAACUGGGCCUUGACCCGCAGGCCCCGCCCGACGCCGCUAUCGCCAAACUCGAGGGCCGUGAUUUCGAGUAUCUGAUGCGGCAGCAGUCGGUGACGAUCGGCCGCAACUCCAGCCAGGGUCCCGUGGAUGUGAACAUGGGCCACUCGAGCUUCAUCUCCCGCCGCCACCUGCAGAUCACUUUCCAGGAGCCGCACUUCUACCUGAAGUGUCUCGGCAAGAACGGUGUCUUCGUGGACGGCGCCUUCCAGAGGAGAGGGGCGCCGCCGCUGCUGCUGCCCCGACAGUGUAUGUUUCGUUUCCCCAGCACUGUGAUAAAGAUUACAUUUACAUCGCUUUAUAACAAACAAGAGGUCAAAGAAGAACAGCCAGCAUCUCCACCGUCCCCACUCUGCCCACAGAUCUCACCACUCAAGAUUAACAUUCCUGAUCCAAACAUAGACUUGGUCAGUCCUAUCCCAUCACCCACUGGUACAAUCAGUGUUCCCAAUUCCUGUCCUGUGAGCCCACGUGGUGCCGGCUCCUCUGGAUACCGUUUUGGACGCAACAUCACAAGAGACCUCCAGUUAGCUGCAGCGUUUGCUGAAAAAGCAGCAUCGGAGCAGCAGGCAGAAACAUCUGGUGGUGAUAGCCCUAAGGAUGAUUCAAAACCCCCCUAUUCCUAUGCACAGCUGAUUGUGCAGGCCAUAUCAUCUGCUCAAGAUAAGCAAUUAACACUAAGUGGCAUCUAUGCACAUAUCACAAAGCAUUACCCUUACUACAGGACAGCUGACAAAGGAUGGCAGAAUUCAAUCCGCCACAACCUCUCUUUAAAUCGGUAUUUUAUCAAAGUGCCACGGUCGCAGGAAGAACCCGGAAAAGGGUCAUUCUGGAGAAUUGACCCAUCAUCAGAAACAAAACUAGUGGAGCAGGCAUUCCGAAAACGCAGGCAGCGAGGAGUGUCUUGUUUUAGGACACCUUUUGGACCCAUCUCCUCCAGGAGUGCCCCUGCAUCUCCUAGCCACCCAGGUCUUCUCUCUCCUCACUCAAGUGGGUUGCAGACACCUGAAUGCUUGUCUCGUGAAGGAUCCCCUGUCUCGCAUGACCAUGAUUUCACAAGCUCCAAGCUGGCAUCAGUGCCAGAGGUUCGUUACUCUCAAAGUGCACCAGGUUCCCCAGUUAGUGGUCAGCCCGUUAUAAUGGCAGUUCCCCCCCAACCACCUGGUGUUGUAACAAAAUCUGUGGCCUAUAUGCCUGCCUCCCUAAUAACUUCCCAACAGUCUUCUGGACAUGCCAUUCAUGUUCUUCAGCAAGCUCCUACUGUAACCAUGGUGAGAGUGGUAACAACAUCAGCUAACUCCUCAAAUGGCUAUAUCCUAACCAAUCAGAGCCAUAUUGGAAGUGGGCAGAUUAUACAAGAUGGUUCCAAUGACCAGAAAGGAGUCCUUGAUGACAAAUCCCUUAUGACUUUUACUAAUGUACCUACUGGCAGUCGAGUGAUUCAGACAGUUAGCAGUCAGAUGUCACAACAUGUACCUGGACAGAUGGUUACCAUCUUGCAACAAGCACCAGCGACUUCCAUGGGGCAGCACCAACUUCCAGUGAAGACAGUAACUCAGAAUGGCAAACAUGCUGUUCCUGUGACAAGCCUUCAAGGAAAUACUUACACCAUUACUAAUCCACUACAAAUCCUGGCUGCACAGGCUACAUCUUCAUCGCCUGUAGUUGUGAGCAAGCAACUUGUCACAGAACUGCAACAUUCAGCUUCAUCCGUAGGCGAGCCUGAGGCGAAGCGACCUAAGAUGGAAGAGUCAGCUGGAUCAGGCUCUGGUCUUGCUGUGAUCACAUCAACUCCACAGAUGCAGGGUACUAGUGAAUAAAGCAAACCAGAAUCAAGGAAACAAGUUACAAUGGCGAGGAUGUUCUAGGGCGUUCCACAGGGAAAAAAAACAGAAUUCCAAGGUGCCAAACUCAUGGGAGAGAGGGAAAAAUAAUGAGCCUGCCUUGAACUGAAGCUCGCAUUUUAAAUGAGGAAGCAAGAUAGCUGAUUGUAAGAUUGAGGGUGGCUGAGAUGGAGAAUGCAGCCAUUUCCAUAAUUCUGGCUUUGUUGUUAUUUUACAGGCCUUAAUUUGAAAGAAAAUGUUCUGCAGGAUUGGUGGGAGGGAAGCAUAUAACGAGUUCCUCAAUACAGCAGUGGGAUAUUGCCAAGCAUGUAACUUGGUGAUAUGGAAAUAGGACUUUGUACAUGUGCUGACUUACGUAAAUAAUUACUACAAACCUUUUAUGAGUAUUGCUGAAUUGCCAUUUACUUGUGCACAUGGUCUAUCCAAAAAAAAAUUAAAUUGUUUGAAGUCUAACAUUGCUGCCCCAGGUUAUCGUGGAGACAUUUUAUGCUCUCACCUGGCGCCACAAAGUUCAGCUAGUUUGUUCUGCUUGCAUUGCACUUUGCAAAACUGCAUCCUCAGUGUGGCUCACUUGGUGAAGACCACAUCCAUUCUAACCAAGAAACAUGGUUGUUUGGGCAUAUAGAAUGCAGUGGUUCUGUAAGACUGAAAUUUAUUUUUAAAUGGGAUAACUCCCACUACUGUUAAAGCCUACAUUUUUGGGAGGCAGGGUAUUAGGUGAUCCUGGUUCCCUGCACUUUUUGUCAUUAACACAAAGAUAAUAAUCUUGUCUUGGUGAUGUCAAACCACAUUGUUUCCCCACACUGAAAUUAUCUUAAGUGCUUGCUUGCACCAAACUCUGAAAUAGAAACAUUUGCUUCUAAAUCACUUUCUCAAACUUAGCAAUGGUGUUUUAAGAUAUUUUCAAACUAUGUAGUAGCCCACUAAUGACUAGCAAAGCAUAAUCUUAAUUGUUGAAGUAAUUUAGUCGUAAAAUCAGUGCUGUAAUUGGGAUCAGUGAGAAAAGGCCUUUCGUCAGCCAUUGACUUUUGAAUAAUUUAUCAAUGAAGCUAGCAACAUCUGCUGAAAAAUGACAAGAUAUCUAGGAGUGAUUAAGUAUUUUUGUAAAAGUAACAACAAAUUAUAGCAAAUACAAUCAAGCUAUUUAUUUUGUUCAAUUAAUUCUGGACUUAAUCCCUGUAUCAAAUCUAAUGAACCACCUGUAAUUGAUCCAGAUUCUUUAUGGAGUUGGCCUCUCAACAUGCACCAUUGUGUGUAAAAACAAAAAAAAAUUAAAUAUUCUGUUCUGUAAAAAAAAGCAUAUGCAAAUAGCUUAAGACUUGAAAUUGGUGCAACAAAUUUGUUUGGACCUAAUUGAUCACAGUAUAGUCUGCAUUUGGAAAACAUUAUUUGUGUACUAUGUCAGAACCAUUAAUAGUGUUGCCUAGCUCAUCAAUUAACCUAAGUUAGUGAAUUGUAUUUUCCCACCAAAUUUCUUUUAUACUCUUUUCUAAAUGUUGCAUUUCAAAAAAAAAUCAAUUUUGUUUUUACUUACUUUAUACAUCACAGCCAGUAUGUAUUUUGUGCUGCUGCUUGACCAGAUCUGGGGCAAAUUUGCAAGUUAAUAGUAAUGUUGCCUGGAAAAGGAUAACAAAUUUAAAUAUAUACACAAAGAGAAAAUAAUCUGCCAGAGACUUGUCUAGUAACAAGGCUUAAAUAGUAUUCAUGUUUUGGGCAGACUGGAGUAACAUUGAGAGUCGUGAAGAUUUGUACCCUACCAUCCCUCUGUUAAACUGCAUAAGCAAAGGCAUGAAGCUGCAUUUUAUAGAAAUUAAGUUUUAUAAAAAUUUUAUAAACUAGUCUUUUGUCAAUUUUGAAGUAUAAUCUAAAACCAAAGUAACUUGGUUUUCAUCUUCUUCAUUUCUUCUUCUUAGGCAGUCAAUUUGGGAUCAAGGUUGACUUGCUUCCACUCUGGUUUGUGGGCUCUGAGGUGGCUAAUGAGGCCAAUGAGGGAACCACAGAUUCUUCCACAGAUAGGGCAGAAUGUGCUUAUGGGACAGGGAGGUAGGUAGCUUGUGAGGUGGUAUGCACCUUCUGAUCUUUUGCAGAGCUUUUGUGUGCAUCCAGUCCAUGGCUUAGGGUUCUCAGUACCAUCUUAACUGACUCUCCACUGAGUGAUCAUCAGCUAGGGAUUUCUUGGAACCAGUGGGGAUAUUGCAUUUCUUCAAAAAGGCUUUUUCAUUGUCCAUUUGAUAAUCAUUUCCCAUCUGCUCCAUUAAUAAAGAGCAUGCAAACAUAUCAACAAAGUUGAUACCAGCAGACAUACUCAAAAAAAUAAAAUAAUUGACUUUUUGGCCAGAAGCUUGUAUAAUGAGAAAAAAAGUGGUUUAGGCAAAGAGUGGCAUUGCAGGGCCUCUGUGGUGAUGCAAUAUUUUAUCAAAGCAAUAUGAUGGAUGCAGUGGAAAUCUGUUAUGCAAGGUGUAAUACCUCACUUCAGAAAUGUCAUUUAAGAAUUGAGAACCUCUUGUGUGUUUUACAGGUGUACAUAGAGGUUUGCCUUGCAUUAAAGUGCUAUACUUGUUUUAAUAGUUUUCCACUGUACAUGUAAUCUGAUGAACUUGAAAUAAAUGCCAGGCUUUUUUGCAAGGAUUUAUCCUCUUUAAAUCUGAAAGCUAUUCAUCCCACAGAAGAACAGUUGGAGAUGUGAACAAAGGAAUGAAAUUUGUAUUCUUCCAAACCUUUUUUUUCCAUUUUGUGCAUCCCUGGUGUUUUUAUUACCUUACUAGACAGGUUAUAACAAGCAUCUGUUAUGCUCUUGUUGCAUUUCCACACCCACUCUUCCAACCCUUUCAAUUCUGGAAUUUCCAUCUAAAUCUUCUGGUCCUAACUUGCUUAAGUAAUAGUGUGAAGAUAAUUCAGAACAUUGAACUGAAAAGUUAUGAUUAGAGAACAGUGGGAUUUAAAUUUCAAUAUUCAUUGUUAUUUUUAUAUCUAGGAUUCCUCGAACUUCAGAAUACAAAAUCAAAAUUGUUAAAUGGGAUAAUUAUUGGUCUAUUUUUAUUUAAAAACCAUUAUGUUAUAUAGCACUGCAGAUUAAAUUUUAAACAUUGAUAUGGAUAAUUAAAAUUAUCAUAUGUGAUUAAAUUAAUAUGCAAUGGAAUUUAAUAAUACAAGAUGAUGGAAACAAAUGCUUUGUCUGCUUAAAAAGGUGCAAAUCAAAAGUGGUUAAGUGAAAUAUUUUUUUCCUGAGUGUCUAUUUUUGUUUAUUCACAAGAACUCUCUGCAGUCCCCAUACGAUACUCAUCAUAAAAGAGCUCUGAUCUUGAUCUUGUAGCCCUGUCUUUGCCAUUAAUUGUGCCCCCAUCUUGAGGUGCAGCAUUUUAUACAUCAAUCAUUGUUAUUCCGACUCAACGUCAUAUUUUUCUUGCAGUCAACUAAUUUACAGUGUUUACAUUCCAAAUUAAGUUUGGCGCAGCUGUGAAAAACUAUGAAGGAAAAGUGGCCAAAGAAAGUCAGGUUGAGCAUUGUUCACAUCUUCUGUGGUAAGGACAAAGACUGGCUCCAACUAGAUUUGAUGAAAUUGCAUUUAUUUUCUUUUCGCUACACAAUAUACUGCUUUUAUUUUCCAAAGCCCCACUCCUGGUUGUAAUGUGAAGGUGGUUUCAUAUUUUUGAUCUUAGAAUAACCAAUGGUCUGAGCACAUCAGCACUAUUAUUGUAGUGCCAUAUAACCAUUGUCAGUAGUUUUUCCCCACAUUGAAUGAAGUUCAGUUCAAACAGGUCCAAAAUUUAUUUUUUAAGUGCAAUCUAAAACAUAAGCACAUGUAACUGAAGCAAGAUUUAUUUGGAAAUAAUGUUAAGUCAUAACUUUACAUCAUUAAUAUUUAAAUGUAAUAAAGAUGUCUAAUAACCUUGCUGCAAAGGUAAGUCCCAAAAUUCUUGAACUGCAAAUACAUCUCAAAGGGUGGAGGGUAGAGAAGACAAAAGCAUGACAUUUUCAGGAUCUUUGCUUGUUGAAAAUGAUUUUUAAACUGUAUUCCAUAUUAUAAUAUGAAUUAUAAAAUCUAGGUUUGGCACUUAUUAUUUGUUUGAGAACAUUUGAAUGGAAUAGUUUGAAGGUAAAAUGUAGGUCUUUAGUAUUUGUAGCAGUUAAUUUAAUGUGGGAUGAUCCCUAUACAUAUUUUUGGGUGAACUGGGAAAGAAAAAGGUCAGUAUAAUGUUUCCCUACCUUUUAUGAAGGGACAGUACCCUAUUACAAUUAUUCAUCAAUUGGUUAUAUUUUACAUUUAAACAGAUUACCUAAAAGAAUCCAUAGAAUCAAGAUGUACACACUGUAAGGGAAAUAGAAUUUAAUCCAGAGAGAGAUGUUGAUGUUUUUGAUUCAGAAUGAUAGGAACAGUUCUAAUUUUAAAUUCUUGCAACCGUCUGACAGUUGCUAUUCUUCCAGGAAGGUCAUUUGUCUUUGCUACUAAAACCUUUAGAUAAUGCCAGAGCCCAGCCAUGUACCAGUUCCUCGUUACUCUUGUGGUGAUAGAGCUACUGUCUUGUCCUUAAGUAUUUGUUGAGGUAUGGCAGUGUAGAGUUCCUGUGUUAAAACUCCUUGGCUUUCGGUCAGAAUUUGGUACAUUGGAUGUACACCUUGUCUUAUUAGGUAUGCUCCUAACAAGUGGAGGUGAUGAGUGGUGAGGCCUAACCCUCUGAAGAUGACAGGAGGAAGGAAUAGUUGGAGUAUAAUUUUUCUAAAUUUAUUAUUAUUGAAUGUUAGAUAUUAAUACAAGAAGAUUAUUUAUCCCUCUAUUACUGCACUGUACUUCCACAACCUGGGGUUUCUGAUAUUUCUGGCUGUGGGAGGGGAGUGCUGUAGAUAUCUCAAUAUUCAGUUAAAGGCUUAGACUUUGUGGCUCUGUAAACUUCGGUGGAGCCAGUUCCAGAGAUUAUUGACAAGGAUGUCAUCUCUUCUCUGUCCCCGGUGGAUUUUCAUGGUCAUUAUGUCAAAAUGACCUUGAAAUCUAAUAAUUGAUUUGAUUUUUAAAUAGUUGCAAAAUCCUGACAAGUAUCAUUUCAAUAUUAACUGAUUUCCUCCAUAUACUUUUUAAUGAAGUUUAAAAUAACUGACUUUUUUUGGGAAGUUGUGUUACAUUAGCAAAUAGUACACAUUCCAGAAGACUGUGUGUGUGUGUGUGUGUGUGAUAGAUAUGUUAGAAAUGUGCCUUUUUUUUCUUUUGAUAAAGCUUUUAUAACUAAACAUUGCAACUCAUGCAGUGGUGUCACUGUGCUUAAAUUAGUAAAGAUAAAAAUUUGACAGUAGAGAAACAUUUGUGAACAUAUCACUGCCUAGAGAAAUGUGUAGUUUAUCCUAGGGCAAAAUUGUAAACUUUGAAUAAUCUGUUUGCCAUUGGUCUUUUGUGCUUUUUCUCAUCAAGCACUGACUCAAUUUUGCAAGGGCAUUGUGUAAUACUGCAUUUUCAUACUGAUUGUUGGUAUUAGCUUUUUUCCUAGUAUCUGAUGGGAUAAUAUGACCCAAUGCAUAAGUGAAAGAUAACUGUUUUGCAGUCAAGUACUUUGGACAAUGCAUCAUGCCUCUGUUCAUUCAUGAUUACUAGUACUGUGUCCACUAUCCAUAUAUCACCAGCAAGCCCGAUAAGCAGAAGGCUUCCCUCUACUUGAUGGUGAACAAUUUCAUUACCAUGGUAUGAAAUAUCUCAGGAAUACCUUAUAAUGUUGAGAAAAAGCAAAGGGAGUAAUGAGUAAGUUAUUGAAAUCUGCCUUUUUAAAAAACUGCAUAAGUUCUCAAAUUUCAAUAAAAUUUCAUGCUGAAAUUAGAAAGAUAUAGUAAAACUCCUGAUCUGGCACGUUUGGACUAGCAGAAUUUCUAGAUUAUUGAAUGUUACUCCUAAUAAUAUCCAAACACAUAUGUAUCACAUUUUUAACAUAGUACACAGUAUUAUAUUAAAUUUUCUGGUGAGUUUAAAGGGAGCUGGAAAGAUACUAGCACUUCGGACCCCAGUUCUAGUCAUAAAGCUACCCAAGUUCCUGACUGCUAGUGUUUGAGAUCCUUACCCUGGUCAUCCUACAGAUCCUGGGCUCUGGCCAUUCAUACUGCUUGCAUUUUGGACCCCUGGUUAAUGACUAAUGAGUGAGCCAGAUGCUGGACUAUCAGUAUUUCUGAACAAAUGGAUGCCCAAUUAUCUGAGUUUGUAUCAAGGUGAUCUUCUUCAGUAGGAGAGAGAAAUUUUUUUUUUAGAGGAGAUAUCUGGAAAUGAGGACACGAGAGCCGUAUUAAUAGGUGUACUGGGUGUUUCCACAAGCUUGGUUCUUUGAAUUUUGUAGGAAAAUAACUCUUCAAGUUAGUUUGGAUAGCAAACAAGAUAUUGGAAAUUCAGACAGCAGCUGCAUUUAGGAGCUGCGGAAAGAGCACUUUUUUGUCAACCUCCAUGUUCAAACCUGAUCAACGUAAUUUCUUUUUUGUAGGAGUAUCCUCUUGACAAUUUUGACUUUUUAAAAGAAAAAGCUUUAUGACAAUAUAUAUGCCAAUGGAAAUGUGUAUUAACAAUGUGUAUUAAACGUUUUUACUCAUUUUAACAGUUGGAUAAGAGAUUCCCUAAAAUUUUGAACACCAAGAGAUAAUGUCCAGUAGAGCAGAAUAUUUGGCUUCUUGUCUGAAAGGCAAUUAAAUUGGCAAUUUUAUCAAGCCUUUCAAUGAAAUGAGCAACAGUCUCAACCUAUACUAUUUGGUUUAUUAUCAGUAUAUGAGACUUAAAAUGGAAAUAAAGUCAGAGUAUUUGAAGUUUUUCUACAUAUUGUAGUUUUAUUUUUAAAACAAUAUUGUAGUUUUAAAAUUUGGUAGGAAUUUAGCAACAAUCAAAGGUGCAUUUGUACAAAAGAACCUGUGCACAUUCUUUGAUAUCAUGUAACAUAAUUCUAGGAUCAUUGUUGUUUAAUUGUAGCACAUAAAGGACAUAAAUUUUUCAAAAAUACUGGGUAACAAGAUUGCCAUCCAAAGGAGUCCUGAAGCAGCCUACACCAAAUCGGUUAAAAGUUACCUGCUGGACAGUAAUUAUUAAAUGGUCAUUUAAAUAUAGGUUUAUUAAAUAUGUUGUAAUCUAAACUGUUUUGCUCACUGUGUGGGUCACCUUGGAGCAUUUAAUAUUGUGCCAUAAUAUGUGGAACUAUAGAUAAAAGAUUUCUUUGAAGAACCUUUCAUAGUAUUUUUCUAAAUAAAAUCCAAAAUUAAAGUAUUUUCAUUUCACUUUUGAAGGACAAUAAUAUGAAAAUAAAUGUUCCACUUUUUUUGUUCGUGUAAAAUGGAAGAGUAACUGCAAAAUACUCACUUUCCAUGACUGUCAUAAUUAUUAUUCUCACAAUAGACAUUUUUCAAUAGACAUUUUUCCACAAAUAUUAAAAGCAGAAACCUGUUUUUAAAAAAACUUUUAGGAAAUGUCACUGACUUUCCAUUGAGGCUAAACCUGUUAAGUCUGUUUUUACAUGGCACUAGGGACAUGGAAUAAUUUUUUUUCCCCCAAGCAUUGCUGCAAAAUCCAGUUGCAUAACUGGAUUAUGUUUGAAUAAGGCAGGGUAGAAAACUAUGAAAAUAGCUUCCAGCCUUUUUGAUUUCUCAUGAUUCUGCUGCUUGUUGUAUUUACAGCUGCUUUUAGUGUACAUUUCUGAUAAGCUGAUUGGAUUUUUAAAACAAUAUAAACAAGUUAUGAACAGUGCAGAAAUACUGAGUUCUUUAUAUGUGUGUGAGAGUAAGCAUUGUGAGUACAAUUGCAAUCUGAGGACACAAUGUCACUCAAGUCUGUGUUUGCAAAUUAUUUAACUGGUGACAUACCUGGGUGGGUUAGUUUUAAGAUCAGUCACCUGAAUAAAGUACUCAAGUGAAAUUUAUUGUCACUGUCUAUACAAUUUGUGAUGGAAUGUAAAGAAAUUUAUUAUUUACAAUUUCAGGAGAGAUUCAACUUGCAUUCAUUUUGGUUUUUUUUAAACUGACUGCUGCUUUGGAGGAUCCUUUAAUAAGUUGCCGCACGACAUUGUAGUAGAAAUUGUAAAUGUUAUGUACCAAUGAAAAAGAAUAUGAUCUAAGAUGUGGAUAUACUAUGUAAAAGUAUUUGAAUUUUUUGACAUAGGACAAGAUAUUUCUCUCUCCACCCUACCCCCCCACAAACACCUGCCUCCCCACCCCACUGCCACCCAUACUGAUUUGUAUUAAAGUUUUAACAAUUUUGUGAAUGAA